UUCAACGAGCUAGUUCAUUUUCGCUCUACAAGCAGACAUGUUGCCUCUCUGAAUUUACGAAGUAAUCAAUCGAUAUUUCAUUCAAUUAAUUUAACUAACACGGACGUUUACUUAAGGUAGCCAUCAAGUAAACCACAGCAAUCAUCUGUAACUUUAAUGGCGUCAUAGCAUUGUUAUAUUUAACAGGACUCUUAUGAUGCCGAAAUUUGACAAUUGGAUGUUACACCGGAGUGUUGAAGAUGUGGCAAUAUCAGUUACUCCUCUGCCUUAUCUUAGCAAUAAAAACAAAUGGAUUGUACAAAAUUGAUUUCGAACAAUCGACAAAAAACGUUAUUUUGGACGAUAUCAGUGAAAAUUUGAAUGGAAAGUUGAAAUUCAAAGACUUUAGUCAUGAUAGAGGUACAAAGAAAUUGGCAGCAUACUCGUCAUGGUCAUCCUGGAGUGAAUGUCAGAGAGGUCACAGGACGCGGCGGCGUCAUUGUGUAAGGCGGAGAGUAUGCGGCGAUUCGCUGCGGGUUGAAGUUGCGAGAUGCAGUACUUCAAGAGAGGGACAGAAACAUUAUUUUGCUACAAAAAAUGAGACAGACUUUACACCAACUACGAAGAAACCAACUGUUCAGAUUGUAAUGGCACAAUUGCGUCAAAAUGAAGACAUACAAAGACAGUUUCGAGGUUUCUCCCCGUGGGGGACAUGGACUGUCUGUUCACAGAGAUGUACUACAGUUAGACGAAGAGUAUGUCAGAAUAGAGCGAUAUGCGGAAACAGAAUUAUAAGGCAGUCGGCGUACUGCUACUUGGAGGGUAGCUACUGCCAUCUGUGGAUCAGAAAGAGAAUGCAGCGGCGAAAGGACCCAGAAUACACAAUAGCGGAAACUAUGGCGCCUCCACCUAGGGCAAUUCAUCCGGAAGACACCCGGGCGUCGACGCAAGCGCCGCCUUGCGGACAGCUCGGGCGACCGCGCGGCCACGCACGCACGCGUACACGCAUGCGAGACAUGCUUCGCAUCAUCGGCGGCCGACCCGCGCCGCCUGGCAAGUGGCCAUGGCAGGUCGCUGUACUUAAUAGAUAUAAAGAAGCAUUCUGCGGAGGUACGCUCGUGUCUCUGUGGUGGGUGGUAACAGCAGCGCACUGCGUUCGGCGGCGGCUGCUGGUGCGACUCGGCGAGCACGACCUAUUUGUUCGCGGCCGCAGUGAGCUCGAGAUGAGAGUGGUCGGCGCGGUCGUACACCCAAACUACGACCCCGAUACUGUCGUCAAUGAUGUUGCUAUGUUGAGGUUACCUGCCCCAGCACGACCCGAGCUAGGCCAUGGCAUCGCGUGCUUGCCGCGGCCUGGUCACCAGCUGCCGCCGCAUGCCACCUGCACCAUACUGGGCUGGGGCAAGAAGAGAGCCACUGACGCACACGGCACUAGGAUAUUGCACGAAGCACAAGUGUCGACAGUACAGCAAGGUGUGUGCCGUCGCUCGUACUGGCAGUAUGCGAUCACUGACGAUAUGGUGUGCGCGGGCCGUGGCCGCCGGGACUCCUGCGCCGGAGACUCCGGCGGCCCCCUUCUCUGUAGGGAUAGGAACAUGAGGUACUACCUACAGGGUAUCACCAGUUUUGGUGAUGGUUGCGGCAAGCGUGGCAAGUAUGGCAUCUACACGCGCACUGCAGGCUACGUCACAUGGAUGAGGACUGUUAUGAACGAAAAGUACUUUGAUGACUGAUUUUAUA